AUGGACUCCGGCAACAGCGGGAGCCUCCAGUCGUCUAGCGGCGGCGAAGACGAGUUCGACUCGCGGGCCGGCGGCGGUGGAGGGGGCGUCGACUCCUCCCCGCUCUCCGCACUGCUCCGACCGUCGCCGUCCCCCUCGGCCGCCGCGUUCUCGCUCCACGGCUCCUACUUCGGCCUCCAAGAGUUCACGUCCGCGCCGCCUCCGCAGCAGCAGCAGGCGGGUACCUGGUCAUCGGGGUCGUUCCCCGGCGCCUCGGGGCUGUCCUCCUCCUCGUCCCCGCGCGUCGCACAACCCGACUCGGGCGCGGGCGGGCGCCAGCAGCAGGCUGCUGACACGACCGUGGCGGCGGCGAUGGGCGGCGCGCCCGGGCCGGCGGCGCAGCCACCGAGGGGCUCGCGGAAGCGGACGCGCGCGUCGCGGCGGGCGCCCACGACGGUGCUCACUACCGACACCUCCAACUUCCGCGCCAUGGUGCAGGAGUUCACGGGCAUCCCGUCCCCGCCCUUCGCCGCGGGCGUCGGGGUCGGGGGCCCCGCCGCGUCGCUCCGCACCCGCUUCGACCACAUCUUCCCCCCGCCGUCCUCCUCCCUUCGCUCCGCCGCCGCGGACGCCACGGCGUCGCUGCCGCCGUACCUCCUGCGCCCCUUCCCACACAAGCUCCCGACGACCUUGCCCUCCUCCAGUUUCCCGCCCUUCACGACGACGUCGUUGUCGUCGUCAUCGUCCACGCCGUCCUCAUCCAACAUCGGCGUCGCCAAUGCCAAUGCCGCGACGGGCACGGCCGCCCCCGCAGCAGCACCCUCCAACCCUGCCGUCGCGCCGACAGCGGCAGCCGGAGCGGCGGGCGACGCCUUCCAGCAGCUGACGCCCUCGGCGCUUCUCCGGCUGCAGCAGGACCCCGGUAGCUACCUCUCCUUCCAGAACCUCCUCGACUCGCAGCCGUCGUCGCAGUCCAUUUUCGGCGCGGCGGUGGGCGGGUUUGGGCAGGCGUCGUCGAGGCUGCACGAUCCGGCGCCGUCGCCAUCGGAUUUCCUGGCCAGCGUCGGCGGCAGCGGCAGCCUCGGCCUCAUCCACGGCAUACUCUUGGCGGGCUCCGAGGGCCUGGACUUGCACCACUCAAGGAGCGACGACGUCCACGGCCACGGCCACGGCGGCGACGAGCUGUCGGGCGUGGUCGCGGCCGGCGCUUCGGGCGGCAGCUGCAAGCUGAACUACUCCCACGCCGGCGGCGCGGCCACCUCGUCAUCGGGCGCGGCCAGCGCCGACAAGCCACCGGACGGCGGCGCUGGUGCUACUGCCGGAAGGCCGGGACGAGGCGAGGGCCUGGAUCCGUGGAUUUGUACAUCGGAGUAG